GGAGGGAGGUGUCCCAGAUGCGCAGCCAAUCUAAUCUUAAAAAAAAGAAGAUGCGCAGCCAAUCUCGUGGCCGUAUGUUCUGGGGCAAUCGAUUCGUGGAUUGAUUGAUCUCGCAUUUCCUUUACUCAACAUAGAUCAUUUGAUGAACAGAGACGUGCAUUUGUGAAUUAUGUAUGGGGGUGGGGACUCGGUUUGCAUCCUAGUUCUUCUAUGUGGGUUGGAACUGCCAUUGUGUUGCUGUAGUGUAGUUUACGGCACCCGAUCCUGGAUUUAGUAACCUGGAGUUAAGGUAGUUUGAUAUGCUUAGCAGGCAUUGCUGUUUCCUCUUUCUCUGUUGUUAACCACAGUGAAUAGCUUGUGGAACAGCAAUGAAAUGUAAUAUACCGUGGCUUACUGCCAGUAGGGAAAUUAAUGUUCUGAUUUAAUUGUGCCAUCCACAUAAUUACUAGUUCUUUCAUGUUUUGUAUGUUGCUAGAUUGCUGUUUUGGUGCUUGAGGCAUAAUUUUUUAGCAGCAUUAAAUUGCUAGUGCAGCUCUUAAGUGCGCUUUGCGUGGUUGUGUACGUGUAUACUUCCGUGUACGAGGGGACAGCCAGUUAUGGAAGUUGGUAUGUUUAUUAGGAACCAAUUGCUAUUGAUGUUUGAGUAGCCAGGAAAGGAUUAAUUAGGCUGUGAAAAUGGCUCCUUUAUAGAUCAAGAAAGUUACAAUUACUUUGGAUAUCGAACAUUCCAUAUGCACCUCAAUUAAGCAGUCUGUCUGAAAAAUCUGAAGUUCUUUCCCCCCUCUGCUUCUAUGUCACUUAUGUCGGUAUCCGGUGUACCCUUACAGAAGUCGCUCAUAUGGUGAUAUUCUUUGUCGGGUGUUAUCAUUAAUUACUGCUUAACUCAUAAAAUGGUUCUUGAUAUUUGCAUCAGAGAUCAUUUUCCUUAGGUGUACUUAUAUCUCUACAAGAAUUAGUGAUAUACAAAUAUGUCGUAGGAAGGAAGAAACCAGGGGAGACCCAGCUCACAGCCAGGGGGCAGGGGGGCACUGAAGGCUUCAAUCCACCCCCCCUGCCCCCGCGCCACGUGAUCUGCCACUGGAAGAAACAGGCUUAGUGUGUUGGUAACUGUUUCCUAAGGGCACAGCUAGCUUAUGUUCAAAUUGAAUGGGCAUGGUUCAGCUGCUCCAAUAUGUGUGGGUCCCAGAGGCAAAUUAAUAAAAGAAUCCUCUCUUCUUGUCCUUCACGCGAUUAUGAUGAAGCUUCUGUAUGUUCCAUUUGGUACCCCCGCACCCGAAAACAAAUCCAGCCAUGGAUCCACAAAAUUGGCUGAUCCAGUCGUUGGAGCACAAAACAGGCUGGAUUUCCUCUUCUUCCUCUCCAAUCUCCAUGAGUGUCGGAUCCUGCUGUCACUGGAGCCCACAGAGCUCGCGCGUUGCCAGCAGAGACUGUUCCUCCACGCUGGAUCAGUGGAUCACCGCCUGCUGCUGACAGCACCAGGCGAGGGGCCACCAAAUCUACCCCCACAGCAGAGGAGGGGAGGGGCUUCUGAUGCUGCAUGACAUAUCUGAUGGCUGUUAUGCACUGUCUCCGGAUACAUGCAACAAACAUGGGUUGGUUACUCAACAGCAAAGAGCAACGGGCAUGCACAGAAACUAUUUUAUUUGCAAUUGAAAACUGAGUUUGGAAUUUGGCCGUGGGAUUUGAAAUAACUAUUCAACUGUUCAUAUGUGAAAUGUUCGCUUUCUGCUCACCAUGGUUUGAUUUGGAGCACACUAGAGCUGCUCUAAAUCCACCAGUACAUGACUUCCACAAGCCCUUCAUUCUAUUCAUUCUAGAAGAAUGUCAUUCUGUGCACCUGAUGCAUCUUUGAUUUUCCUUAGUUUUUAUCUUUUUGAAAAUUCUUACUUGGUUUUGUGAUGCUCUUUAUAUUCACCCAAUCAUAUCUAAUACCAUAAAUACCUUUUGCAAUUGCACAGUGCCGAAUUGGUGGCAAAGGUGUUCUUCUGGUACUUCAGGAUUUCUAAUUGAAGUCGCUGAAGAGGUGGCUUUAAGGUGUCUGCCACUUUCGCUCUCAUGGCAACCAAUGAGAACCUCCCACCAAAUGUGAUCAGGCAGUUGGCUAAAGAAUUGAAGAAUCUUGAUGACUCACCUCCGGAAGGGAUCAAAGUUAGUGUUAAUGAUGAUGACUUCACCACUAUUUUUGCUGAUAUUGAGGGCCCAGCUGGAACUCCAUAUGAGAAUGGAGUAUUCAGGAUGAAGCUGUUAUUAUCUCGUGACUUCCCUCAUUCUCCUCCAAAAGGGUUCUUCUUGACAAAAAUUUUCCAUCCAAACAUAGCGACUAGUGGUGAGAUAUGUGUGAACACACUGAAGAAGGAUUGGAAUCCUAGUCUUGGAUUAAGACACAUUCUGCUGGUAGUGAGAUGCCUUCUGAUUGAACCAUUUCCUGAAUCUGCCCUCAAUGAACAAGCUGGAAAGAUGCUACUUGAAAACUAUGAGGAGUAUGCACGGCAUGCAAGGCUAUACACUGGCAUCCAUGCGCUCAGGCCUAAGAACAAGUUGAAGAGUGGAGCUAUUUCUGAGUCAACCACAGCUCUAAAUGUGGGCCAGUCCAAUACUGUUCUCGGUGAGAACACACCUUUGGCAACCACUGCUGCGGCGAAAGCAUUGGGUAAAAACUCGCAGGAUCAGAAUGCUGCUACGUCUGAUCCUGUUGUAGGAGCAUCCACUGCACCGAAGGAUGCGCCACAUGCUGCCAAAGCUCCAGUUGAUAAGAAGAAGCUGGAUGCAAGGAAGAAAAGCUUGAAGAGAUUGUAGUCGAAUAAUCCUGGGAGGCGAGGGGUGCUUAGUGGUAGAUAAAAUAAUGAUCUCUUCACUAGUGCUAGAUUCAACAUAUGCCUGGUAGAACUGAAAAGAAAAGUGAAGAGGACAAACAGCGCGAGAGGCAUCUCAUGGCUGGUAGUCUGUGCUCUCUGUUGGGACUUGGGACAAACUGUCGGCAAUUACAGUUAUCAUUCAUUUAUUUGGAAGAAUACUUGCCUUUUUCUGCUGA